UAUAUACAUAUAUAUAUUUAUUAUAUAUAUAUAUAUAUAUGUAUAUGUAUAUACAUAUCCUGCAAUAAUGCCGCGUUCAUUUGCCCACUGGAAAAAAGUUGUAUUCUUAAAUAUUGUACAAUUAUUCUCACAUGCAACUUGUGUGGUGCAGGUGCAAUUAAUUGCACCACGUUACGUUAACCGCAGCAGUACGGUUACGCUUUAUUGUAAUCACAGUGUUCCAGAUGAUGAACUAUAUAAAAUAGAAUUUAUGAAGAAUGAAGAGAAAAUAUUUCAAUAUAUAAAAGAGAGAAGUCCACCCUUUGUAAUAACACCCCCACACGGUACAGAUAUGGAGUACUCGGAAAAUGGCACGACAAUCAAACUAAAGGACGUUGGUUUGUCAAUGUCCGGUACAUAUUCCUGUGCAGUUUCUACUUCAACUCCUAUUUAUACAAAGCCUUCCGAUAAUGUACAAAUGAAAGUGAUAGUACCACAGACUAAGAAUCCGAUGAUACAGUUCGAAAAGAGCGUUUAUGUGAUCGGUGAUUAUUUAGAAGCAAACUGUUCGUCCUCAGCGGCGUUACCUGUUCCUCAUUUAACUUGGUUCAUAAAUGGAAAAGAGGUGGAUGUCACAUCGGUACAUCAUUAUCCUCAUACUCAUCAUGAUGAUCAAUUACUAUCUGCAACUGCUAAAUUAAUGGUACAACUAUCUGAGUUACAUGCUGGAAAUAAUGGAUAUUUGGAAAUUAGUUGCCAUUCUACUAUACCAGAUUAUCCUAUGAAUCAUGAAGAGUAUGCUGAUAUUAGGAAGAAGACAAUUCAAAUUAUCCUAACGUCAAUGCCUUCAUCUUUUGCUGUCAGGAGCAUGCACGAAUUAGCAUUGGUGACAAUGUCGUGCAUAAUCUGUGCAAAGCGCACAUUAAUUUCUUAAUAUACGUCAAUUUAUAUAUCUAAUAAAACUGUAUAAAAAAAAAAAAAUGAAUA